CUGAAGCGUAUUUCAUUCAAUCGAGACUAAUGAAGCUUCGAAAUGUUCGUGAAACGAAAUCAACAUUAAUGCGUGCACCUACUAAAGGACAACAAAAGCUUGCUGGACCUGUUUGCGCAAGGUCAAACCAAUAAGAUCAGGGUGCGCAAGUGGCGUGGCACUUCUGUAAAGAUAUCAAAUCAGCUGGUCGCAAGAUGGCGACCCUCACCAAGAUUACGACUACUUUCACAAAAAACAUAGUUAAACGAAGUUUUGUGACUGUGACAAGUGAAUCGAGGUGUCAAAUUCUGAAUGCGGGACCCUUGAGUGUGCAUGCCUUGAAAGAAAAUCGUGCGAAACCAGUGCGUGCUGUGCGAGUAGCAAACUCUAACCUUCGUCUCUCCACGAAAGCCGACGAAUCAGACGACAAGACCAAGAAAGAACAUGUAAACAUUGGCACUAUAGGGCAUGUCGACCACGGAAAAACGACUCUUACUGCAGCUAUAACAAAGUACCUGUCACGCAAUGGAUCAACGGUCUUCAGAUCAUAUGAUGAUAUUGACAAGGCAGAAGAGGAACGAGCAAGAGGAAUUACCAUCAAUGCCUCUCACGUAGAAUAUGCAACAGCAAAUCGACAUUAUGCGCAUACAGAUUGUCCUGGUCAUAGGGACUUUUUAAAAAAUAUGAUUUGUGGUGCUUCACAAAUGGAUGGAGCUAUCCUUGUAGUCGAUUGUAAUGAUGGGCCAAUGCCCCAGACUACAGAACACUUGCUUCUUGCUAAACAAAUAGGUGUUAAACAUAUUGUUGUCUUUGUCAAUAAAGUAGAUACAGCAUCUGAGGACCUGAAGGAAUUGGUGGAAUUAGAAGUUCGAGACAUGCUUACCAAUUUCGGAUGGGCUGGUGAUUCAGUUCCACUUAUUCAUGGUUCAGCUCUGUAUGCGUUAGAAGGAAAUCAAUCCGAAAUAGGAGAGCCUGCUAUUAAGAAGCUGCUCGAUGCCCUCGACACAUAUGUCCCUGCACCAAAACGAGACUACUCAUCUCCAUUUAUCAUGCCAGUUGACAGUGUGGUCAGUGUGUCAAGGGGCACUGUUGUAAUUGGUACAGUUAAGCAAGGAACCUUCAAAAAAGAUGAUAAAGCUGAAGUAGUGGGAUUUGGUGCUUCUUUCCCCACUUCGAUUAGCACAAUUGAAGUAUUUCGGAAUGCUGUUAUGUCUGCUAAAGCUGGAGACCAUGUGGGUGUGCUCUUGAGGCAAAUGAAAGCCAGUAAUGUUAAGAGAGGAAUGCUUCUAGCAGCAAGAGGUACGCUGAAACAAUCCAAUCAAUACACAGGAACAGUGUAUUUUCUUGACAAAUCUGAGGGAGGUCGUUCUAAACCGGUAACCCGUGGAUAUAUACAAGUUCUAUUUUCUGAGACAUGGCAAGUUACUGCUAGAUUUGAUUUUGAGGCAGAUAUGAUAAUGCCUGGUGAGAGUGCUGCAGUAACCAUAACUUUACUGAAAGAUAUGGUUAUACUGCCAGGACAAGCAUUUUCAGUGAGGGAAGGCAUGGAAACUGUUGCAUCAGGUAUCAUUCACAAGUCUUUAGAAUCAGUUUUUGUUCCAGAAAGAAAGUUGUUUAAAUAUGAAUGGAAAUCUCAGGCAGCAUCUAACAAGACGGGCCUGAAAAAAUGAAGUUAGCAUUGAAAUAUUUGAAUUAUUGUAACUAUUAUUAACACUUUGUCCAAUGUUUCCACUUUGAAAAAUGCAUAUGGAAUUCAAUAAAUGUUACUUUUGAGGCUUUUCCAGUA